AUGAAAAUUUCAAAGAUUUUAUUUUUCUUCGUUGCUAUCAUAGCAGUUAAAUUAUUUAUCCCAGGAUAUGUUUUAGGAGGUAGUAGUGGAUCAGGUGGCGUAAAAAAAUUAACAGAUGCUCAAAAGAAGAAGAAGAAUAUUAUAAUAUUUUCUUCCGUAGCUUCUGUUCUCGCUGCCUUAAUAGGUGCUGGUGUAGGUUUUGGAAUAUAUUAUAAGAAUCAUAAAUCCGAUAACAAAGAUGAAGGAAAUGAUAAAAAAGGAAGCAAUGAUUCUAAAAACAAAUCACAAGAAGGAAGCACACCACUUUUAACUGCUAAAGCUUAA